GAAGGCAUGUCUCCACGACUUCUUUGACAUUUGUCAUUUUUACUGGUUGUAGUUUUAUCGAUUAAUUCAUUAACAAUCAACAACACAAUCAAAGAAAAGUUUUGCAGCUGAAGUAAAUCAACGGAAAAACGCGAAAAUAUAUACUCAGGAUUUUGGCUUAUGUCAGCAAAUACAUUUUAUUAUUUUUCCAAAAUAAUAUAUCUUAACGAUCGCUGGAAAGAUUGCAACAAGCUGAAGAUAGUUAAUGUAUAAGACCUUGAAAAUGGUUUCAGCGUCAGAUGUAGCCACAUAUUAUUGGAGUGAUUCACGGUUUACGACCAUUGCGAAAGUCCAGAAUUCUUUAGCUACAUUUCAAUGCGCAAUUGAAAACUUUUGAAGUUUUAAAUGAUUUCCACAUAUUGAGUAAGAAAUAACUCAAUCUGUUUAAAUUUUAGUCUUUAGAAGGGUCUCAAUACAAAAUACGUAUUUAGCACGUAUUUAGCAGUGAUGCCCUGCGAGUCGUGUCACGUACAAUUUACGGUGUUCCGUCGUAAACGAAUAUGUGCGGAUUGCAAGCGAUUUUACUGCAGUAAUUGCUUAUCGACGGCCAAACGUCGGACCAGCAACAAUGUACAGAUUUCUUCGGGAGUGCAGUUGUGCAGACGAUGUGUUAUUUUCGCUAAGCGACCUCUCCUCCGCACGGAUUUGUUACAGCUAAAGCCCAAGGAUCUGAUUUUUUAUCUGCAAUCGAAACAUGUUUCAACAACUGGUUGUGUUGAAAAGGACGAGUUGGUAGGGUUGGUGCUGACGCAUGUACAACAAAUUGAUGCAGCCGCCGGUGCUUCGGAAAAUGGUAGUUCUCGUAGCUACUCCGACGCAUCAGCAAAUUCAUUUGACAGUUUGAAACAGACGUGCCAAAACUUUUUUACAAGUAUUACUGAAAACAUAAAUGAUUCUCUAAAUUCCUUUGAUAAUAAAGGUUCACCGAAAGGAUCAGGUGAUACAAGAGAUCGAACGCGAUCGGAACGAAGUUCAACUGACAGUACAACGACACACAUUUUUGAUCAACCAAGAGUUUCAACCAGAGAAAUUCCCACUUACGCUAGUUUUCAGCAACAAUCUUAUAAUAACCCUAACACGGAACAAUCAACAAUAACAACAUCAUCACCAUUACUCACUAUUCCACUAUCAACAGUGACAACAAAUGCGUCACAUAUAUCACCAACGUUGGUGACUAGCAGCUCUUCUUCGGUAACCACCAAGGGUAGUAGUCAAUCUUCUGUAAGCCCUGAAAUUAGUAUAAGCUCAAUUGAUCGUGGUGAGACGGAAGAGCAUCCACUUGCCUCAACUUCAAACAGCCAACGUGCUGGAUUGACUCGUCAGGAAGCUGGUGAAGAAAAUUCUGAUUGUGAAUGCUCAGAUGAUGAGCUAAUGGCCACAUUUGGUGGUCUUUCAUUGGCGCGUAAUAACGAAGUGGAGUUAUCAAAAAAGGAUUCACAUAAAAAUACUGAACCAGAUGAAAACGUUGGUACCAAAUCAAGGACCAGUGCUGACAUAAAUUGUGCUGAGAUGUCUUCGCAAUCGUCGUUUGAAGAGCUGGGAGCAAUUGGCGGUAUAUCAGAUGAGAGUAAAGCAACCACUGACACUAACAGUAGUAACAUGGAGCAAUGGCAAAUCCUUGAAACUACCAUGUUGCAAACUGCCGAAAAUCCCGUUGUCGAACAAUCCACAUUGUUGGCUUGCAAUAUCACUGACACCCCAUCGACCAGUAAUAUUGAUAAUAAUGAUGCAAUAACAACGAAUAUGCCAAAUGAUUUACAAGUGGCAUUACCAUUUUUGCAGCAGGACCAGGCACAAUCCCUUGUACCAUUGGUGCCACAACGCGUAAAGAAAGUAACCCGUCGCCGUUCAGAUAGCUAUCUGAAUAGACAACGUCAACAGCACACUAGCGAGGACGAUUCUCCAACUGAUAACUUUGCACUUAAUGCGGAUAUGACUUUGCAUGAACACGAUGCUGAGUUAGGUAAUAAUGCACUUGAGACUGAUGAAGAUAAAAAAGUUGCCGCUACCAAACGUGCGGGUAGUUGCCAAAGAUGUGGAAAACACAAGGCAACGUUGCGUAAACAAGUAGAAAAGAUGCGUCGUCAUCUGGAAAGUGCUCAACUAUCGGAAGCAGAUAUAAAAAAAGAGCUUCAAGAUUUUCUCAGUUACCUCGAACAGCGCAGUAAGUCGAUGGAGUGUUCAGAUACAGAAACGAUGGGAUCGUCGUUGAGUGGUAGAAAUUUAGCGCAAUCGCCAGAGCAUCGGCAAUCGCAAGCACAACAACCCAAUUUCUGGGACGGCGCUGGUAUGCCUCACUGGGAAUAUCAGCUUGACGAUAAUGAGGGCAUUCAUGUAUAUGCUGGUCCCACUUCAGAGCCGAACGAUUUUAAUGCUCAAUCGGCACGUUUUAUAAAUCUGGACGACUUCGAAAAUGUUGAUGACCUCGAAGCCUUAUCAGUGAAACAACUAAAAGAGAUUUUGAUGUUAAAUCGAGUUGACUAUAAAGGUUGUUGCGAGAAGCAAGAACUGCUUGAUCGUGUUCAACGUCUAUGGAAGAACUUAAAAUCGAUGCCAGCUGUCGACAAGUUGCCUACCGAUGAGCUUUGCAAGAUAUGUAUGGACGCACCAAUCGAAUGUGUCAUACUUGAAUGUGGGCACAUGGCCACUUGCACAAAUUGUGGUAAAGUGCUUAGCGAAUGCCCUAUUUGUCGUCAAUAUAUUGUGCGUGUGGUUCGCUUCUUUCGUGCGUAAUUGUCUUGCGGACCAUACAAAUUGGAAUAAGAGGUUUUGUGAUGGUGUUAAAAAUACUAUCUUUUUACUAUAGUCUCUAAUCUACACCACGUACAUAGAUGAUGUUAUGUUAAUUUAAUUGCAUACAUUUUAAGUAGCCUUGGGUAAAUUCAAUCUACUAAUUGUAGUAAUUUGUGAAUAUAUUAAUAACAAACACGGAAGUAAAGGAGUACAUUCCAACCCCAUCGGAUUAGAAUUCUGAAUCCCCAAACGUAUGCUCCAAAAAUAUUCCCUCUUCCAAAUCUCUUUAAUUGAUGAAAUAGCGUUUUAAGUAUAAAAAUAUGUUGAGUUGUACCUUUUUUUUUGUAAUGAUUGUGUUUUUUUUUUAAUAGAAAUCUUAUAAAAUUUUACUUAAUUCAAUUCAUCUGAUCAUUUUUUUAUAGUUUUGUGUUAAGCUUUCAAAACUUGAAUGUAAAACUCUUGUUGUUUUCUUUAUUAACUACUUCUUGAGUAUAAGGAGGAAGAUAUAUCUAACCCAUAAGUGCAGUCCAAAAUAAAAUAUCGAGUCUUACCAUUGAAUGGCGGUGCACUCGUUGUGAUGUCAAAUACUACGUACUAAUACUUACAAAUAUCCUAUAUCUAUAUAGAUUUUAGUUAGUAUGUAAAAUGUAGUCAGUCAGCAUCUUGUAAACAUAACUUUUCUGCAACGUUUAUGUAUAAAUGUACAUAUACAUAUAUACAGAUUAUUCGAAAUUGUUAAAGUACAACGUUUUUUGUUUUUAUGUAAUUAAUAUUACUAAUUAAACACAUUCCCAAAGGGUCCAGUAUAUGCAAUAUAAAAACAGUACCAUGCAAUGCAAUAAAUAUUACUUAAAAAAAGCAAAAACAAAUGUACAUGUAGAUAUCUUAUUGUAAAGGUAAUAUAAUAUGAGAAAUACGUAGAUACAUACAAUAAAUACAUAUAACUGGAUUAUAUUAUAACAAAGAUGUAUUGACAUUGUUAAGAUCGCACACAGUUGUGAUGAAACCUCUAGUAAUCGUCAUCAUAUCCCAUAUCGAGAUUGAUAGAAACAUUAUCAACAUAUUUGUUAUGAGUAACUCUACCAUUCUUGUCCAAUAUGUAGUAAACCUAGCGCACAACUUAAUAGUAGUACCUUUUCGAAUUGUGAUAGUUUCCUGCUACUAUUGACUGAAGUUGAAACCCUAACCAAUGUUGUUAUUGUCAUUGCUGUCAAUUAUUGUUUGGCGGGCAUAGUUUGAUUAUUUUGUUCGAUCUGAAUUAAAUUGUGGAAAAGUGAAAAUGGCUUGUCAAGUAUUUAAUGCUUACGAAGGUUGCGUAGAAGAGAUGGCAAACCAGCGCCCAUCGCUACAAGACAUCGAUAUAGAGAUAUUUUCUGAGAAUUCACCCAAAGCGAGAUCUUUAAUUGAAAUUUCAGGUGCGUCUGAGUCGGGCAAGAGUGUGCUUCUGUGGCGCCUAAUGGCUCGUUGUCUUACACCAACCUAUUUUGGGGGUCGGAAUUGUGAUUUAAUUUUUAUUGAUUUAAGACAUAAAUUUGAUGCUGAAAUCUUUGAAGAGCAAAUUAUACGUUUGGUUGCUGCCUCUGGUGAACAGCAUACUACAGCUGAAUUACGGGUGAUGGUUGAGAAAUGUUUUGAUUCUCUACAUUUAUUAAACUGCUAUAAUUCAAAACAUUUUAAAGCAGCUUUAGAAAUAGUUGAUGGGCUUCUCGUGAAGCAUUCAGAUUGCUCACUGGUUGUCAUUGAUGGUUUAGAUGCUUUCUAUUGGUUGGACACUUAUGAGCGUAGAAUUCGUAUGCAAACACACUAUGUGCGUAAUGUAGAACGUCUUCGCAGGUUAUGCGACCGUCAUGGUGUUUGCUGCGCCUACACUAUUAAUACGAACUAUUUGGGCGCAAAGAAAUUAAAGGGUGUUGAUGAUAUUUUUGGGCGAACAUCCAUGCAGACAAGUGUAAAAGUUGAAUACAAAUUGCAACUGCAACUUGCUAGCAAUGGUGAACGUACAAUUAAUGGAAUGGCAGUAGAGAUAAGAGACAAUUCCUUCUAUGUUGUUGAGAAGCAGUAAUCAAUUAUAUGUCCACCCCAUCACUGCAUGUGUGACAAAGUGUGAUUAGCGGUUAUUAAUAAAUACAUAAGCAUGUACAUAUGUAUGUAUGUACAUACCAUAAACCGUUCUUCAAAUGGACCAGUCUAUCUUGUUUCCAAUAUGUACACGGAACUGUUAUAUUAUGUAAAAGUACACUUCAGCCGUGUCCAUUAUUUUUACCAUACUCAGCAUACCAACAAUAAACACACCAAACACGAGCAGACAGCAUGAUAAUCACGUCUAGAAUUUCGCAGCAACAACAAAAUUGGAGUACCAACAAAACUUCGGUCUGUUUAGGUGCGAUAAUAUAUUUUUGACAUUCAAGUUUUUAAGCAAAUAAACCAAUAAACUACCUCAUGGUUGGCAUGUACAAGUGUGGUUAUUUUUGUUAUAAAUCGCAUACAAAUAAAAACAAAUUAAAGGAAAUAGCUGUAUUCAGGUGCAGUUAUCCUUAUUAAUUAAUUAUUUUCUGUUUAAGUAUUAUUUUAUUUGUACCAGAUUUAAAAUUGUAUGUAUAGUAUUAAAUAAUUAAUUAAAUUAAUUGCUUUAAUGUCAGAACAGUUCUAUGUAUGCAUAUCGUCAUAACAUAUCUACAUAUCGUCAUCUAAAAUGCAAAAUAAUGUAAUAUCACUUUUCAUAAGUUUACAGGAGAAGGAAAAAACAAUAUAAAGUAGAAAAUACGCAUAUUGAAACCAAUUUUGAAUGAAUUACAACUUUUUUAUGUCUAAAGUUUCUAAAUAAAACUGUAUAUUAAAUUAUAUAAAAAAAAUCUGAAGUUUAAAAUAAACAUAAUACAGCGAAUCGUAAUCAAUUAAAAAACUCAAUUUAAAUUUUUUGAUGAAACGUUGUUUUGCAUUUUAGGUGAUGUUGUUGUUGUUGUUGUAGCGGCAGAAUUCUGCCGAAUUGACAUUUUAGGUGAUAAUAUAUUAUUAUAAAUACUUUAAAAGUAAAAGCAGAGCGUGACACAUCUGACUGUGAAACAAUACAAUUGUUACUUAAUAAUUAAGCUUGUAUUUACAUUUUAUAGUAAAUAAAUUUACAGCCAGAUGACUAUAUUCUGAGCGUAUUGUUUUUGAAAAGUA